CGAAAUAGGACAAAGAUUCUUUUCUUUUGUAUCGACAGGAAAGCCAGCUCUUGUCAUUCGAAGGGAGAUAUAAUAAUAAUUCGUCGAACAUCGCAAGAAUGAAACAACACGUUUUCUUUACUUUUCAGGAAACUGGAUUGUCAAACUUGAGUUAACCAGUGACGAAGAUAUUGAACUCAAAGAACUAGGCCGUCAUCUACGACGAGAAAUUGGGCAUGGCUCUCCGUUAAUUAGUCUCGGUAAACUCCUUCGUCGUAUGGCCAAAUAUGCACAAGCAAAAUCGAUUUAUCAAAGAUUGCUCAACUUCAAACAGAUCAAAUACAAUGCGCAUACGCUAAUGAAUCUUUAUCAUGAUCUCGGCACUGUUUGUGCUCGGCUUGGCAAUGACCAAGAAGCACUUAGCUAUUUAGAUACAGCGCUGAAACUCAAAUCGGUAUUGAAAACGUUCAAUCUAGCACCAACUCUAACCGAAAUUGGCCAUGUCCUGGCGUCCCAAAACAAACAACAAGAUGCCAUGAUAAACUAUGCCGCUGCUCUCAAUGAAGAAAUGAAACAAGACAAACCGAACCCGUUGAAUCUCGCUCUGAUUCAUAAGAGCCUUGCCUUUUCCCAACUGUCAUCGGGUCGUGCAUAUACGCAUGCUCUGGAAUAUCUUUUACAUGCCGAGGAUUAUGAAGAAGCGGCUGGC